AUGGAGAAGAUCCUCCUGGGCGGGCGACGGGACCAAAGGAGGAGUUGCUGUAGCUCCGUCUGCGUCGACCGCCGCUCCUCCGCGCCCCGCGCGGUGGUGAAGCCGGCGCUAGCGAAGGGGACGCCGUCGGCGUCGGUCCGGCUCCGCAACGGGAGCCUGAACGCGGUGCGCCUCCGCAGCGUGUUCGACCUGUUCGACCGCAACGGGGACGGCGAGAUCACGGUGGACGCGCUGGGCCUGGACGCCGACCGCACAGGGCUGGCCGCCACCGUCGGCGCCUACGUGCCCGACGGCGCCGCGGGCCUCCGCUUCGAGGACUUUGACAACGGGGACGCCUUCUUCGGCGCGCUCGUGGACCAGCAGGACGAAGCCGCGGAUGGCGCCGCCGUGCACGCUCGCCGCGAAGCCCAAGGACGAGCCGGACCCCGACGACGGCAGGCAGAGGGUCACCGUCUUCUUCGGCACGCAGACCGGCACCGCCGAGGGCUGAGGUUGUGGAUGGUCAGCGUCGUCGACGUCGUGGCUUCGCCGCCUUACAAGUGCUCGAUAGAAUGA